AUGAGACUAUCCUGGUUCAGGGUGAUGAUGAUUGUCUGUGCCAACCCUGACAGCUGGCCUGUGCUGGACUAUACUGACUAUGGCUGCUACUGUGGGAAGGGCAGCUCGGCACACCUGUGGAUGCACUGGACAGGUACGCAGUCAUGGAGUGGAGGCUGGGGGGCAUGGGUAACGAAACACCAGGCAAGAAUCUGAGAGGAGGAUAAGUGUGAGUCUGGGAACACUGUGUAGGUGGAUGGGCGAGUUAUACAGUGUAGGGGGAGGGGGGGCUAUAUAUAGUAGCUUUAUCGUGAAGUCAAUUAGCUAUGCUAAGUCAGACAUACUUGUAUUGAAACAGAUGCCACCUGUGUUCCAAUUGCUGUCAGAUUCAUGAUCAGUGCUACUCUGAUGCCAUCCAGCAUGAGGAUUGCUGGACCAUCUUUGACAACCCUUACACUGAAAUAUACAGCUACAAGUGCGAUAGAGCUUCUAAGACUGUCUCCUGCAAAGAUGAGUGUUCAGCAUAA